CUCAUGUGACUUGUUUCGAGAUCGCUGGAGAAAAAACGGGCACGACAAAAAGUGAAUAUUUUAUUUUUUUUCAUCCCGUAGUUGACUUUGGACUCAAAAGAAUAAGUGCGGAAGUCGGACCUCCGAGAUGCCGUCCAACAAAUCGGUGUCGGAGGCGCCCAUCAUGCAGCUGCUCAACUGCAGGAUCCUCCGCGACCACCGGCUGCAGAGUGAGGACCUGUGGGUGCGUGAAGGGAAGAUCCUGGAUCCGGAGAAGCUCUUUUUCGAUGAGCAGGCGUACGCCGACGAGCAAGUGGACUGCGGAGGUGCCAUUGUGGCGCCGGGCUUCAUUGAUGUGCAGCUCAACGGAGGUUACGGGGUGGACUUCUCGCAGGCGUCCGACGACAUUGGCGACGGGAUCUCUUUGGUGGCCCAGAAGCUUUUGGAACACGGUGUCACAUCCUUUUGCCCCACCCUGGUCACGUCGCCGCCGCACAUUUAUCACAAGGUCCUGCCUCAGAUCAAAGUCCUGAACGGCGGGCCGCACGGAGCAGGCGUCCUCGGGGUCCAUCUCGAGGGCCCUUUCAUCAGCGCCAAGAAGAAGGGGGCGCACCCCGAGCGCUACCUACGCAGUUUCUCGUGCGGUGACGACGCCAUGGCCGACCUGACGGAGGUUUACGGCGGGCUGGACAACGUUGCCAUAGUAACGCUGGCUCCUGAGCUGGAGGGCAGCCGAUGGGCAGUGAGCGAGCUGUGCCAGCGGGGCGUGACCGUGUCGCUGGGACAUUCGGUGGCCAACCUGACGCAAGCCGAGGAGGCUGUCGGCCACGGCGCCUCCUUCAUCACGCACCUCUUCAACGCCAUGCUGCCCUUCCACCAUCGGGACCCGGGCAUCGUGGGCCUGCUGACCAGCGAGCACAUCCCGGCAGGACGCAGCGUUUACUACGGGAUGAUCGCCGAUGGCAUCCACACCCACCCCGCCGCCCUGCGCAUCGCCCACCGCGCACAUCCCAAAGGUUUGGUGCUGGUGACGGAUGCCAUUGCGGCCAUGGGCCUCCCGCCGGGUCGCCACACGCUGGGCCAGCAGGACGUGGAGAUCCGCGGCCUGCACGUCUAUGUGGCCGGCACGCAGACACUGAGCGGCAGCAUUGCCACCAUGGACAUGUGUGUCAGACACUUCAGACACGCCACCGGCUGCCGCGUGGAAGACGCCUUGGAAGCGGCUUCGCUGCAUCCCGCGCAACUUUUGGGAAUCAGCCAGCACAAAGGAACUCUCGACUUCGGAUCGCACGCAGACUUUGUGCUGCUAGAUGAUGAACUCAAUGUGAAGGCCACGUUCAUUUCCGGAGAGCAAGUGUGGAGGGAAACCACCCAAGAAGAACAACCACAGACUUGAAAAGCAACACAAACAUCCUUUACAUUACAUUCUGGAAUGUCUUCCUUUCUCGCCCCCCCCAACCCUCCUCUGCGAUUUUGACUGACACCUGUGCGGCCAAUUCUGAAGCAAUUAUCUGAUGACGUGUAAAGAACCACUUGUGAACUAAAUUGUUUGUGGGUCAACUCACCCAAGUGGCGCGUCAUGGUGGAGUUUUACUUGCUGCGAGGAUGCGCCACGCCCGCUGGCACAACAACCAGAACCAGUAGAUCUGCAGGGGCCAAAGAAGCCCCGCCCCCAGGGUGCAUGGCCACGGGGCCCCCAGGACCGCCUGAUGGACGGGGAUGGACGUGUACCUGAGAAGCAAAACAAGCAGACAAUAAUAGGGCUGAAACCAUUCAUCGAUCUUUGUGCCUGUCUGUGUCUGUCAUGCUUACUGAUUCAGUAAGCUGCAGUAACAGUCAUUCUUCGCAGAGGAUAAAGAAUAUCUGAGUAUUAUGAUAAGCAGACUUUUUUUAAGGGUAAGUCGGUAAGUAAGUUUCAAUGUACUGUACAAGGUGGCAUGUUUGUUUUCUUUUUUGUUUUUGAAUAAAAUUCAGUCGGGA